AUGAUGGGCUUCCUACGCCGGACGUUCAGCCACCGCUCGCGCAGACGGUUUCAGACAGCGGACGAACGGGACGGGAAAGGAAGAGGGGGAACCGCGAACCCCGCGCUCCUCGCGCACCAGCAGCAGGUCGUCCACGCGCCUGCUGUGGUGACUGGGGGAGCGGCCGUGCACAUCCCAGCUGCUGGGACCGACAAGGAUGCGAUCACCUGCCGCGUGCUGCUGCUGGAUGGGUCGGACGUUAACGUGGAUAUACCAAAAAGGUCAAAGGGCCAGGAGCUGUUUGACCAGAUCAGGUAUCAUCUGGACCUGGUGGAGGCUGACUACUUUGGACUGCAGUUCAUGGACCCAGAACAAGUCUCACACUGGCUGGAUGUGUCCAAGCCCAUAAAGAAACAGAUCAGAGAUGGUCCUCCAUACAGACUGUUCUUCAGGGUGAAGUUCUACUCCUCAGAGCCCAAUAACCUACAUGAGGAGUUCACCAGGUACCUGUUUGUGCUGCAGCUUCGACAAGACAUUCUGUCCGGCAAGUUGAAGUGUCCAUAUGAUGUCUCAGUAGACCUGGGGGCCUACUGCUUACAGAGUGAGCUGGGGGACUGUGACCCUCUAGAGCAUUCUCCUGAGCUGGUGUCAGAGUUCCGCUUCACACCCAAACAGAGUGAGACCAUGGAGGCAGACAUCUUUAACAAGUGGGUGGACCUAAGGGGUAAGGAUCCAUCCCAGGCAGAGACAAACUUCCUCAACAAGUGUAAAUGGCUGGAGCUGUACGGAGUGGACAUGCACUUUGUCAAGGGAAGGGACGGAGCGGAGUACGCUCUGGGUCUCACUCCCACUGGCAUCCUGGUGUUUGAGGGCUCCACCAAGAUAGGCCUCUUCUUCUGGCCCAAGAUCACCCGCCUGGAUUUCAAAAAGAGUCGACUCACCCUAGUGGUGACGGAGGACGAUGAUCAGGGGCGGGAGCAAGAGCACACAUUUGUGUUCCAGUUGGACAGUUCGAAGACGUGUAAACACUUGUGGAAAUGUGCUGUGGAGAGCCACGCCUUCUUCCGGCUGCGCCAGCCCACUGCUGGGAAGGCCUCCAGCAGUGACUUCACACGCCUUGGAUCACGCUUCAGGUUCAGUGGAAAGACUGAGUACCAGGCGACCCACGGAGGGAGGCUGAGGAGGGCCAGUACGUUUGAGAGGCGACCCAGCAAGAGAUACCCCUCCCGCACUCACUCACUGGGUGGCAAGGCCCUCUCUCCAGCCAAACCACCACAUAUCAGGUGGGUCCCUGAGAGCACAGGACAACCAAGCAUGUACAGAGCCCUUAGAAACGCCCACACCAGCCACGAACCUAGUCUACACCCGUACCAGCGUAACUUUCCUAUAGCCCAUGAGCCUUGGCACCCAGCCCUCACACCCCCCAUCUACCUACAACACUCAGGACACACAUCCCCGCACAGUUUCCCUCUGAGUGGUCCUGUCCUGGGAGGGGAGCAGCAGUUCAGUGUUGAGGAGAACGAGACGCCGUACUCUGGAAGCAUACACCAUCGCCACCGCAGACACACACACUACGACAACAGCCAGGAGACUUACUGUCACACACACAGCAAGAACAAACACAGAGCCCCUCCCUGUCCUGUAGAUGAGUUGGAGCUCUGUCUGCUCAACCCCCUGGAGACAGACAGCAACACCUCUCCCUGGCCUUCACUACAUGUCAACAUGGACAACAAGGCAGAGGAGAAGCAGUUGUCUGAGAAGUCUCUCCAGCCCUCUUCUCCCCGCAGCCCUCCAGACCAUCUCAAGUGUAACAUCUUCAAAGCUCAGAUGGAGGCUGUCUUUAGAGAUGCUCCGCUGAUGCCCAGAGGGAAGACCUGUAGUCAGGAGAUAAAUGACAGGUAUCAGAGCUCCAGUCAGGACUCCAGAGACUCUGCCACUUCCAGUCUGACCACAGAGAAAACAUCCCUCCGCCCCGACCACAACUCAACCACAGACAGACCCGCCAAGUCGAACCCUAACACCAACCGCAGGAAAAGACUGGUCAGGCAGUUCAGCUUUAACCAUGAGGAUGAGGAUAAUCUCCCAGAGGCCCUUGCAGCGAUCUCUUCCCGGAGCACUGGGAAGUGUGGAUCUAACAACUCACUGGACAACCAGACACAACCCUCCAUAUACCCUCAGGAAACAAACACACAGAUGGACAUGCCGAUACUGGAGCUGAGGAGUCCAUGCUGUGAGCGUUCUGCCUCUCCCCACCUCUCCCCUUCCUACUACCACACCUCCAUCCCUCCCCUGGUACCCUGCCUCGCCUCUCACACCAACAGCGGGGAAGAGAUGAGGUUGGGCAGAGAGAAGAUUCUCAGGGCUCUCCUGAUGACGGAGCUCUGAGUCCGUGACCCUUGUGACAUCAUGGAUGCCUCAUGGACCCGGUGUGAGACGACCUUCAGGAGUCCCACGUCCACUGGCUGCACUCAGCAGUCUGCAUUUACUGUACAUAAUGCAGUCAACCUUUCUAGAUUUGCAUACAAAAGACUUUACUGAAGUGUUAUUUUAAAGGGAACAAGUUUUAUUUCUACCCACACUACACACCCUGUAAUAACAUGUUCCCACACUACACACCCUGUAAUAACAUGUUCCCACACUACACACCCUGUAAUAACAUGUUCCCACACUACACACCCUGUAAUAACAUGUUCCCACACUACACACCCUGUAAUAACAUGCUCCCACACUACACACCCUGUAAUGACAUGUUCCCACACUACACACCCUGUAAUAACAUGUUCCCACACUGCACACCCUGUAAUAACAUGCUCCCACACUACACACCCUGUAAUAACAUGUUCCCACACUACACACCCUGUAAUAACAUGUUCCCACACUACACACCCUGUAAUAACAUGUUCCCACACUACACACCCUGUAAUAACAUGUUCCCACACUACACACCCUGUAAUAACAUGUUCCCACACUACACACCCUGUAAUAACAUGUUCCCACACUACACACCCUGUAAUAACAUGUUCCCACACUACACACCCUGUAAUAACAUGUUCCCACACUACACACCCUGUAAUAACAUGUUCCCACACUGCACACCCUGUAAUAACAUGCUCCCACACUACACACCCUGUAAUAACAUGGUCCCACACUACACACCCUGUAAUAACAUGGUCCCACACUACACACCCUGUAAUAACAUGCUCCCACACUACACACCCUGUAAUAACAUGGUCCCACACUACACACCCUGUAAUAACAUGGUCCCACACUACACACCCUGUAAUAACAUGGUCCCACACUACACACCCUGUAAUAACAUGGUCCCACACUACACACCCUGUAAUAACAUGUUCCCACACUACACACCCUGUAAUAACAUGUUCCCACACUACACACCCUGUAAUAACAUGUUCCCACACUACACACCCUGUAAUAACAUGUUCCCACACUACACACCCUGUAAUAACAUGUUCCCACACUGCACACCCUGUAAUAACAUGCUCCCACACUACACACCCUGUAAUAACAUGUUCCCACACUACACACCCUGUAAUAACAUGUUCCCACACUACACACCCUGUAAUAACAUGUUCCCACACUACACACCCUGUAACAACAUGCUCCCACACUACACACCCUGUAAUAACAUGUUCCCACACUACACACCCUGUAAUAACAUGUUCCCACACUACACACCCUGUAAUAACAUGCUCCCACACUACACACCCUGUAAUAACAUGUUCCCACACUACACACCCUGUAAUAACAUGUUCCCACACUGCACACCCUGUAAUAACAUGUUCCCACACUACACACCCUGUAAUAACAUGUUCCCACACUGCACACCCAGUAACAACAUGCUCCCACACUGCACACCCUGUAACAACAUGCUCCCACACUGCACACCCUGUAAUAACAUGUUCCCACACUACACACCCUGUAAUAACAUGCUCCGAGAGAUUCACAUAUCCCUGCAGACACAGACUGACAAGCAGGCAGACAGAGGGACGGGUGACGAUGAAAGAUGAAUGCUAAAGUAGUAAGGUUACUGCUGGGAAUCCUACACAAUCAAAGCCCUAACUGUUUAAAUGAUGACACAAACAAUUUGUCAUGACUUAUUGUAUUGUCAUGUUGAUCUGCUCUAAUGAAACUGCUAGAUGCUGGUAACUGUUCCCAGGUGAAAAUCUGCAGAGCUGCAGUCCUGGUCUUGUCCUGUAGAUGGAGACACACCCAAACAGACUGCAGCUUGAAUCAGUUGUAGUUGCCAAUAACCACUACCCGGAUCAGGCCUUUUUACAUCCUCCCUAUGGUUAAUCUUAGAAUUAAUCUGAUCCUAGGCCUGUGGUUACAUGGAACUAACUGGAGAGUUUGAGUCAGAGCUCAGGUUACAGCCCUGCCAUGUUUCUGUGCAGUUCCUUAUUGCUGUUCUUGUCUAUGUUCUAUACCCCUGUGUUUAACCUGAAUAAAGACAACGUGUUAACUUUAACAAA